AUGCUAGCAACAGCAUCACUCGCCCUUCUGAUCCUCACUCUGAGCCUGCUUCUCAGCUCAGCAAAGGCACAAACCAUCUCCCGACCCCCCAACUCACUUCCAGUCCAAUCAGCCUCCGAUGACCCGCAGAUCACAGGUUCCUCGUACUCUGCAGCCAUCUGCACCCUCUCCGCUAUUCUAGCCACCGAGUCAGCGGGCGGUCAUGGAAUCGGGCCCCUCACUGUGCGACCAGAUUGCAUGUCGAUGGCCCUGCAACCUCACUCCACCGUCUCGGUCAAUGGUCAAACACUUCCCUCAUCUGGGAUUGUGACGAUCUUCGAACCCUCGGGCGUGUCCAUCUCAUCAGCACAGCCUACGACUGUUCCAAUCGCAUCAGGAAGCUCGUCGAGUGUUGUGGCAAGCAGCAGUUCGGCAGCGCCUCCGAGACAAGCCAAUGCAGGAACAGCGCAGAGGAAGCCUCCCUCGGCGGCGGGAUGGAUCUCUAGACAGAACAUCGGAGUGUUGCUCUUCACAACGUUUGCGCUCCUAGCUGGCGUGACAUACUUCCUGGACGAGCUGAUGACUUUGCUCGUCUGA